GGGACAUAUUGCUGGGCAACCAAAUAUAAGUGUGGCUCCUCAUUUCCUGGGAUGGUGUGUAUAGUUAAAUCAGGUACACUAGGGUAGAAAAUUUCUUGACUUCAUCAUGACUAAGAUGACCAGGAAAUCAUGGGAACCUAAAACAGCUAUGGUAAAGGAGAUCCCAAAGAACAAAGAUAAGAAGAAAAAGAAGAAAUCCCUUUAUCAACUGCGACACAGAGAAAGCAUCAAGACACCAACAGUGAAGGUGAGAAGACAUCAUGAGAGUUCAAGAAAUAGGUCUCGAUCAUAUACCAAUCAUUCAAAAAAGAAUAAAAGACCAAAAAGGCCAACAAUAUUCAUUUGUUGCCAUACACUAAAUAAGAAAUUGAAUCAAAAUAAGAGAUGGAGUCAAAAUAAGAAAUGGAGUCAAAACAAGAAAAGUAAUCUAAAUAAGAGACAGAAUGAACCUAAGAGAAGGAGUCAAAAGAAGAAGCAGAAUAAAAACAGGAGACGGGUUUAACCAGCUCCCGAACAACAGCCAAAAAUACCUGGACAGGUUUACAAUUUCAAAUAAUAGACCUGUGUGGCCAGUAACAAUAAAGAAAAGACCUAGAACUUAAAAGUAUCUUUAGUGAAUCCAGGAGCUCAACUUUUGAAAAAAAUGGCCAGCAACAAAGCAGACUGAUGAUGGUGAAAAAAAUAAAAUAAAGUUAUACAAAGGUUA